AUGCCCCAAACCCUAAUCUUCAAUUCCCCACCACCCCUGGCGUCCCUGCCCUCUCCCCAUCGACACCGGCGGGCCUGGUGCGGCAUCGCCAGCCUCGCGCGCGGAGCACAAGGCGGCCCCUUCCUUGACCUGCGCCUUCCCCGACCAUCGGCACGCAGCCCUGCACCUUCCCUAACCCGCGGUGGCGGCGGCGGCGGCGUAACCUCGCUCCUCCAUGACCCACGGCAGCGCGCGGCCCCAGUCCACUUCGACCGUGGCGGCAGCCUCGUCCCUUCCCCGAUCCGCGGCGUGCUGCUCCCUACACUCGGCAGCCAUGGGGCUACGGCGUUGCCCCUCCCCCAACUGACAGCGCACGACGCACCUGAAGUCCUGAACCGGCGAUGGGAAGGUCAGACGCGUAGCGGUCUCGAUGUGCGGUUUCCUCGCUGCAUUGUACGCAUCGUAUUUGAUGGCUUGGCUCAAGUCGCAAGGCCACGACAGGCAGGCAUGCAGCAGCAAGAGGACAGCGGCUUGUGGCGUGGAGCAAACAAAGUCACACAACGAUGGCUCCUCUCCAGGCUGCGACGAUGGCGCCUCCGUACCUUCCGCAAAUCGGAAGACAACCAGCCUACUGGAGAACAGGACUACUGCCAUGGUGUUGAUGAGCUUCUAGAUGAGGACACAUCCAGCACGGCAGCCAGAAGUGACACUAGCAUAUUUGGAAUCCUCGACUUCGCAAUUGAUUUUUAUUUCUAUGCUUAGAGUCAACCGUAUAAGCAAGCAGGAUUUGGUUUUUGCUUGAAAGAGAAUGGUUUCUAUGCAUCCACUCGGCGAUUUAGGGGGAGCAUGCUAGGCCUACUCGUGAGCUCCCUUUGAAGUGCGGAAUUGGAGAUGCUGCUAGCUUAUUGUUCGAUAGAUGCCUAGAAAUAUGGUUUUUAGUAUUUUUAUAUGUCAUAUUUUGAUGAUUUGUGAGAGUGGUAUCCAUGCUUAUAUGACAAAAGGACUGCAUGAAAUGAAGAGCUACCAAAGUAGGCAAGCAAGAUUUCUACGUGGUUGAUUUUGAGUUUUAUUUUAUGCAUCUCCUUGAUAUAUAUCUUUCUUUUGCUGAUAUAAGGUUUAUGCGCCUACUAAAUCAUGUUUCUAUGUCUGUCUUGCUCAAGUUCAUAUGUCUUCUCCUGCUAAAACAUGUUCCUAUCAACCUAUGCCUGUCUUGCUGUCUAGUUUUUUCCUCGAUUUUGUUCCGUGUCCUCGUCUCGAACGUAUAUAGAUUCUUAAAUUUGCUAGUAUUUGCAUCAUUGUGAGUUUCUAUUCUAGAAUUAGUUAUUUUUUAUGCAUAUAUCAUAUUAAGUGAAAUUAUCUAUUAUUUAUGAACUACAUGUAUGAGACAAAACUUUUAUGAUAAGAGGCUAAAAUUACCCAUUAUUUGUGAAACUGCAUGUAUGAGUGUGGUGCGAAUGGGUGGUGGUGGAUGGUGGUGUGGACAACAGCAAUGGCGUGACGCGGUCAAGGAUGUCUUCCACAGGAUGGUUAAAAUGGAUUCCUCUAUUUGGUGGGAGGUCAAUGGUGGCUUUGUUGUGAUGUAGCAUGGUUGGAAGGAUUUCUCUCCAUUUGGUGUGAGAGGUCAAUGGUGGCUCAGACAUAUGACAUGGCUUGUGAUGUCCACGACUCGUGGCAGUGGCGUAGUGUGAUCUUAAUAUAGUUGAUUGGUUAAUGUAAAAAGUUAGUUUUCCAUGAUGUGUUUAUAUGUUUGGAUGAGAUGAGCAAAACUUUGUUUCUAUGUAACCUCAGUUGGUUUUCAA